AUGGCGACCUCAGUGCAGCCCUUCGGGGUGCAUUCAUCCAAACUCGACGCAUCUCAGUCGGCGUCCACACUGGUCACGUUCGAGCCAUUUGAUCUGCCAACGAGCAACCAGCGCAUCCUGGGGCCGCCUCAUGCUCAGGGCACAGUCAUCCCCUUGGCAUUGAAACCAUCUGUCCGAGAUGGCAAUGAGAUUGACUUGGACACCGUCGUCAACACUGUAAAAUCCCUCCAGGCGCAAGGCGGCAUUUUGACCGAGGCCCUCGCCCGUCACGGAACGCUGCUUUUCCGGGGCCUUCCCAUCCACAAUGCCCACGAUUUCAGCAAGUUUGCACACGCCUUUGGAUACAAGCCGCAUGAAAUCAUUGGCAUCGUCGUCAACAGGCCGGUACUGGCCCCCAACGUGGCACCGGCGAACGAGGCGCCCAAGGAUGUACUGAUUUACAACCACAACGAGUCUCCACAGGUCCCGCAUGCUCCCGAAUACAUUUUCUUUUAUGGGCACCGGGUUCCCGAAAAGGGGGGUGAAACUCCCAUUUCGUCGUCUGUGGAACUAUUCUACAGAGCACAGCAGGAGAUUCCCGAGUUUGUCUCUGAGCUUGCGGAGAAGGGCAUUCUCAGCAAAGUCACCUACAAAGUUGAAAAGCAGUACGAAGGUGGUUCGACUCUGAAGCAAGCAUUUGGAAAAGAGAUCCAGGACGGGGAUGACGAGGCUACGAGACGAGCGAAGAUCGAGGCUCAGAUUGCCCGAUAUGGGCGCGGCAAGCACACGACGUGGGAGUGGGCAGACGACGGGAGCAUCAUCCUGACGCACCGGCUGCCAGCGAUCCGAACGCAGCCGGACACGAACCUUCCAACUCUCUUCACUGGCCUUGCGGCAUACUACCAGAACAACGUGCACAACGCCAACAAGGGGAGGAAGAACUCCGCCCAACAGCUUUUCGGCGACGGCACUCCCAUCCCCGAGAAGUACCUGGCACACCUCGCCAAAAUUACCGACGAGAUCCGCGUACUCCACAAGUGGGAGCGAGGCGACGUUCUCGUCUACGACAACAUCAUUGCCCAGCACGGCCGACAGCCCUGGGAAGGUGAACAGGAGGAUCGUGUGGUGAUGGCGAGUCUGUUUGACGGCCACCGAGUGCCGGGUGCGUACGGCGAGGAAGAUUGGGCACAGGUUGUGCAGGCUCUUGAUGGGUGA